AUCUAAGUAGCUUUGAGAAGAUCAUAAAAAACAUUAAUUGCAAAAAAUAUCCUUUUCAGCGUUUUUAAGAUGGCUGAAGCAGUUGUGGACCACGAUGAGCACGUUACAGAUUUCGAGGAUAUAGUAGCCAGACUCACUGAUGCUUUUCCAAAAUUAAGUGUCGGGGUAAUACGGAAGGUUGCGGCUAGUUGCCGUAGGGACACUGUUCAGAUGGUCAUUCAGUUGUCAGGUAAGGUAUACGAGAUUACUGGUUGUUCGUCAUAUUCUCUCAGGGACGUGAUAGGUGACUCAAAAUGCAGCUAAUUUCAUCCUAUUGCAUAUGUUUGGGCGACAGAAAAAAAUAGAUUUUUUAGUUUUUGUGAUUUUCUCCCGAAUCUGGGCUGAAUCUAAAUAACAAAAAGUUAUACUGUGACAUUAGAAGUCCUACACCCAAAAAAAAUAAUUUCUUCAACUUGAUUUGGCAAUGAGGUAGUUUUUAUUUCCUCUGAGUGUACCAGAAUAUAGUUUAUACUAGUUCAUUAUUUCGUAGAAAAGACAGCAAUAAACGAUAUUAAUAAAAGGCGAAAUGAAUGUUAUUCACCCCACUUUAUAAGGAAUUGAAUAAUUAAAACAUUCUUGGAAAACUAAAUAGGGGUGCAUAAAAGAACUUUGCUCGUAUUUAUAUCAUGUAUUGCUUGUCUCAAUGCAAAACAUUGAUAACUUUUAAGCUCGCAAAACAUAUUUAGUUUAAGUUUAGGCAAUAUUAGAAAAAUGUUGAUGAAACCAAAUUUAUAACCUUUGAAAUUUUAAGCAAUUGAGGUCGAUGAGCAGCGCAAAGCGGAAGUUGAAGAAUCAAGAGCACUUAUGCCUGAAACAGAACAAGCUUCAACUUCAGGAGUAGGACAUCAAAAACGGGGUACUUCGAUAAAGUCGCAAGUGAAGAAAUACACCAGCGGUUUCAACAUAGAGGAGUUCUUGGCAAUGUUUCCGAAUCCAGAAGAGACAUUCCGCAAUCCGGAGCGAGGGGAAGACGUUCUUGAUUUGACAACCGCAGAUUAUGUUGAACGUUUCUUCAUGAAUAAGUACCCAUCCAUCUACAAGAGCCACAUCUCGUUUUUGCUGUAUCAGGGAUCUAAGAGGCAACCAAAGUGCAAAAGUCUACUUAAGGUGGAUGAAGAGUUGCAGCAGGCAGAGCAAACAGGUGAGCAAGUUAUGAAGUGCCGUCGAAAACCAACAACUAUGAGGGUUGAUCCAGGCGAAGACAUUCGACUUUUACAAGAGCUUGCUUACUUGGAGCACCGAACUGAUAUUUUAGAUUGUAAGCUGAAGAAACAACAGGAAGAAGCGGAUAGGAGAAAAAUUGCAAAAGAAAACGGUCUUUCAGUUUCGUGUCAAUGCUGCUUCGCGGACGACCUAUUCCCGGAAGAAGUGUAUUCGUGUACCAACGAUUGCUGUUUUUGUGCGGAAUGCAUCAGAAAGAGCUGCGAAUUGAAACUUGGUGAGGGAGACAUUCAGUUUCCGUGUUUGGCGGACUGUGGGGCGCAAUUUGCGUGGAAAACGCUGCAGGCGGCGCUUCCACCUACACUAUUGUCGAAACUAUCACAGCGUUACACGGAAUCUGAGAUUCGGGCGGCAGGACUUAAAGUUGACAGCUGUCCAUUCUGUAAUUUCCCCAACACCAUCGAUGAGGAAUAUACGUUGUUUCAGUGUUUAAACCCCAAAUGCUUGAAGGAGACAUGCAGGUUAUGCAAAGAGCUCAACCACCUUCCGUUGCGAUGCGAUGAGGUUGAGAAGGACGAAGAUGUCAAGGCACGCGUCCACGUUGAAAAUAAGAUGACCGAAGCAAUAUUGAGAACAUGCCACAGAUGUCAGAGAAAGUUUGUCAAGGAGGAGGACGGCUGCAACAAGAUAACGUGCAUAUGUGGUGCGGUGUCAUGUUAUGUCUGCAAUAAGCCAGUGACAGGGUAUGAUCACUUCAAUGGACUUGGAGGCAGUCAGUAUGAGAAGUGCCCGCUGUAUGUCGACAUGCUGGCAUUGCAACAACGUGAACUUACUGCGGCAGCUGAUGAAGCGAAGAAGCAAGUUGGUCCCAACAGGUUGAAGUCUGAUCCGUCAAUUGAUCUUGACAAAUACUUUGAACAUAAACGACAGACUACCGCGCAACCAAGAUGGAUGCAGGUACUGCAAGCAGUAAAUCAUCCCAUAGAGCCCCAAAGAGAACCAAAUGAGAUUCUCAAUGUACAGGAACCAAUACCACCUCCAAAUCCAAGAGAACCCGAGGUACCAAGACAACGACGAAUGAUGUUACCUGCUCAACAACAGCGGGAUGAGCCUAGGGUUGCUCGCGAAUACUUGGAGGUACUACCAGUUCUAAACAUGAGAAUACCUCGCCCGGCAAGGCCACCUCCAAAUCCAAGAGAACCCGAGGUACCAAGACAACGACGAGUGAUGUUACCUGCUCAACAACAGCGGGACGAGCCUAGGGUUGCUCGAGAAAACUUGGAGGCACCACCAGUUCCAAACAUGAGAAUACCUCGCCGGGCAAGGCCACCUCCAAAUCCAAGAGAACCCGAGGUACCAAGACAACCAUGAAUGAUGUUACCUGCUCAACAACAGCGGGACGAGCCUAGGGUUGCUCGAGAAAACUUGGAGGCACCACCAGUUCCAAACAUGAGAAUACCUCGCCGGGCAACGCGACAUACAAAUCAAGAUCAACCACAAGCGCCAUGACGUGUUCGUCAAUACCAGGGGGCACAGAUACCUGUUCGACGAGGGGGAUCAACUGCUGAGAAGUCGACUAAGACUAAGAACUGAAGAAGAAUACUGACUGGAGUUUGCCUGCUUUCCAGUUUCCUGUUUUAUCUACGUGUCAGUGAUUUUAAUUCUUAACAAAGCCUUACAUUAUUUCUAAUUAAGUAAUGAUGUAAUUUUAUUAUAAUAUUUAAAUAUGCAAUAUUUUAGCUUAUUUUCUUUGGUUAGUACUACUUUUAUAUGCUGUAUUCUAUUGUCGUACUUCAAAGUUUCGUAUUAACGUCACUUUUUAAAGUCUAUGUGUGAUUUUUUUGUACUAUUUGAUCGAAUACAUUAUUUACAUUUAAA